UGCGCGAGCGCUGGUCGCGGUUUAAUAAAUAUGGUGGAUAAUCGCGCGUGACGACAUUUGUACACAAUUUCAGUUUUCAAAAUAUACUAGUGUUUCCAUUUUUAGUGUUCCGAUAAAAAGAUGGGGUGUGCAAAGAUAUUAUCAGCACUGCGUCGCUGCAAGCAACUGGAUGCAGACGGGGACAACUCCACGCCUCUAUCCAGGUGUUUAGGCCUGGUGGACCUCACUGCCCUUGGAGUUGGAAGCACGCUUGGUCUUGGCGUGUAUGUUCUGGCAGGAUCUGUGGCCAAAACUGAAGCAGGUCCCGCCGUGACCCUUAGCUUCCUCGUCGCCGCAAUUGCAUCCGCUUUCGCUGGUCUCUGCUAUGCUGAGUUCGCUGCGCGUGUUCCCAAAGCUGGUUCAGCUUACGUAUAUAGCUACGUCAGUGUUGGCGAGUUCAUAGCCUUUACGAUAGGCUGGAAUUUGAUAUUGGAAUAUGUCAUUGGCACGGCGAGUGUUGCCAAGGGAAUGGCCAAUUAUAUUGACAGCCUCUUCAACAACACCAUGGCUAUCACUAUGAGGAAAAUGGUGCCAAUAAAUAUAUCAUUUCUCGCCAACUAUCCGGACUUCUUGGCGUUUGGUCUGGUGCUGCUUAUAACGAUACUGCUCUGCGUGGGUGUGAAAGAGUCUACGAAACUGAACAACGUGUUCACGGCUCUCAAUCUGGCCACUGUCGUGAUUGUCAUUAUCGCCGGGGCGAUUAAUAGUGAUCCAGCAAAUUGGAGAAUAAAAGUUGAGGAUAUUCCCGAGGAGUACCGCUCUCAAGCCGGUGAUGGUGGCUUCAUGCCGUGGGGUGUGGCGGGCGUCAUGGCCGGUGCCGCCAAGUGUUUCUUCGGUUUCGUGGGCUUCGACUGCGUGGCCACCACUGGCGAGGAAGCCAAGAAUCCCAAAAGAGACAUACCUUUAUCAAUCGUUAUUUCCUUGGCGGUAAUCUUCGCUUCGUACUUCAGUAUCGCCACGGUGUUGACAAUGAUGUGGCCGUAUUAUUUACAGGACGCAGACGCACCCUUCCCACAUGUGUUCACCCAAACCGGGAUGCCCGUUAUCAUGUGGAUCGUGACGGUGGGCGCCGUGUUCGCGCUGUGCACGAGCCUGCUGGGCGCCAUGUUCCCGCUGCCGCGCGUGCUGUACGCCAUGGGCACGGACGGCGUGCUGUUCCGCCCCCUGAGCCUGAUCGACGCCCGCACUCAAACGCCGCUGCUGGCGACUCUACUGAGUGGGCUGUUCGCUGCUAUAAUGUCGGCCAUCUUUAAUCUAAAUCAGCUGAUCGACAUGAUGUCCAUAGGAACACUCCUAGCUUACACCAUCGUAGCGACCAGCGUCUUAAUUCUUCGGUACGAAGAAGAAAAUAUAUUUAUCAUGAACGGUAUCAAUGCGGUGCCAGAGACGAUUUUCAGCAUCGUAAAACAAACCCUGAAUUUAUUGGGUCUCAAGCACCCCACUGCUCUGUCGUCCACAAUCGCCAAAUGUACCAUCGGCCUACUAUUCGUGGCGGCGCUGGUGGCGUGCGCGCUGCUGCGCUGGGCGGGCGGCGGGCCGGGCGCGCUGUGCGCGGCGCUGCUGCUGCUGGUGCUGCUGCUCGUGCUGUACCGCCAGCCGCGCGCUAGCGUGCAGCAUCUCAGCUUUAAGGUUCCUCUAGUACCUCUGGUUCCAUACUUGAGCGUGUGCAUGAACGUGUACCUCAUGAUGCAGUUGGACUACCAGACUUGGGUGCGGUUCAUCUUCUGGCUCGUAAUAGGUUACGCGAUAUACUUCACCUACGGCAUCCGAAACAGUUCUCUGAGGGAAGGCAAAAGCACUACAAACAACAACAUAGUUAACGAAAAACAGGUCAUCACGAAGUUUUGACGAAAGAAUCUAGACCUUAUGACCAGAUAUUCGGUCAUAUUCGAUUGAAAUGUCUACAGGGUGAUUUAUUAGACUUAAGAUUUUUGUAGUAGUCCGCCGAUGUACUGAAUUUUAUGUGACAAAAUUACUAAUCUAAAAUAGGUGUUUUUUUUUUAUGUUGAACGUUUAUUUAUGACGCUAUUUGAAAUUAUUUUAGCAUUUUAAAAUGUUAUUUAUAAAAAGUAUUUGUAUCUGUAUCCAAAAUGACGGCCAGAUCGAACUGUCACGUUUCCCGCCAAUUUAAAAGAGAUUUUUUUUUAAUAUGUUAACAAUUUCACGGACGGUAAACGUCUAUUAUAGACGUCAUAACAAAUAAUUAGUUAUUGUGUGUAAUGUUAACCUAAUUUAAUCGGUAUUAUGAUUUUGUUAACUAGUGUUUCGUAAAGUAAUCAAAUGACUUGCUAAUGUUUCUAAAAUUUACCUAUAUCGGCUAAUAUUUAAUUAGUAAAAUAUUUUUGUUGAUUUUCAUCCAAUCUUGACAAAUAUGAAACAUUACAAGAGUAAAUAGAUUAUAGGAAUCCACGUGGAUCUACAAUGAAGCAAAGAGUUUUUAUUCCCUUUUUAAUAAUUAUGGAGUACCUAUUUUUAUUGUAUUUUUUUUUUAUUUGUAAUUUGUAAAUAAAAAAGAGUAAGCAGAUGUAUUAUUAACUAGUAUGAGAUUACAUUACAUGAUUAAUAUUACUUUGAUCUUACAUGUAAUAUAUAUUUUAUUAUAUCAAAUUAAAAUAACCCUUUUCAAGCUUUCAAUAAAGUUCCAGAAUGUAUAUUCUACUGUGAAGCACCAACUAGAAAUAAGCAGAGCUGUCAGUAUAGCACAUUUUAUACCGCUGACUCACUGAAAUUAUUCAAAAUCAAAUCUAAUUAUUCAAAGUAACAACACUGUUGUCUUCUAAUAAAAACUAAAAAAAAACUAUGUACUGCAUUUCGUAUACUUCAAUUCAUAUAAGCAGCAUUUUGACAGCCUUAGGAAUUAUAUUUAAUGUGUAUUGUAAAAAUUUAUUAUAACUUUUUCUCUUUUGAAGUUUUGUACAAAUGCGUUACGUUUUUUUUUCUAGCCACGCC